AUGAGUCCCUACUUAGAAGAACAAAUUCCAGAAAUUCCAGACUUAGAACCAAGUGAGUCCAUUUAUUUGACCUUAACGCCUUUAUCGGACCUCAGUUCCUCCACUACUGAAGACCAUCAGUCAUUGGACAGCGUUUCAAAUGAGGAAAUUCCACUGAUGGACGACUUUAACGUGGAAAUUUCCACGAUCGAUAGUUGGAGAAGUUACGUCCCGUUGGAGCAUAAUAUAAGGGAACUUCUGGUAAGGAUGUCAAACACCGAAAACCUGGAGACAGUAACCCAAAUCAAACUGAGGGUGAUUGCUAGGGAAUUAGCCCUGCAACAACUAGGAUUCCACUUACCAGCCCUAAGAGAACUAGUGCUGGAUGGUAGCAUUGUGUCCUCCCUAAGGGACUUGGGGUAUGGGCUGCGGAAUUUGAAAAUUUUAAAAGUCAACAGGUGCCAGCUGAUUUGCAUCGAUGGGGUCCUUGGGUUGGAAUCUCUGGAGGAACUUUAUGCCACUGAUAAUGCCAUAAAGGACUUAUCGCCGUGUGCGUUUUUGACUAAUUUAAAAGUACUGGAUGUUAGAAGAAACAGCAUUAAGCAUCUGGGUUCGUUAAGUUUCCUUAAUUUUUGCCCACUGUUGGUGCAUAUCCUUCUGGAUGGUAAUGAGGCAAUUGACAAUGCUCAUUUGAACUAUCAGGCUACCCUCGCCAGAUUGCUGCCACAUCUAAAAAUUGUGGAUGGGCAAGUCAUCAAUAGAGAUGAAUCAGUUGUAACGGGUUAUAGUGAAGAGACAGUUGAAGAUGAUAUAGAAGCGGUUGAACAGCCACAAGUAUUUGAGCCUGUAAGAUUGUCAAGAACUUCAGAAGACUUAAGUGGGUUCGUAGUGAGGUUUCCACCAAGGGUCUAUAUUAACAAUGAUAACUCUAGAAGACCAGAAUCAUAUUAA